AAGCGAACUUUGGUAAAGCGCGAACUUUGGUCACACCGCCAUAUGCCUAUAGACCCUCUACUGUCUAUUUUAAACUUGAGCUGCAGCUGUUGAUCUACGUGUACGGUCUAGACUAUAAUUAAUAAUUAAUCUCAAUAUCAUGCAAAUGUCACUCAUUGUUGAUCUUUGAACUUGGCGUCUCUGUAUUUCUGUCUAGGCUAGCGCUUCUUUGAGAGUGCAUACCUCUUUAGAUCUACCUCAAAACCAGACAGUUCUCAUUUAGCAACACUCUGCGCUGUUACACAAUCGCUUCUUUUAUCAAUCAGGGAUCGGCUUUCACAAUUUGCUCUGUUCUUCACGAUUCAAUUCUUUUUCUUUUCAAAUUUGUGUACCUCUGAAAUACUUUCCCUUCCAGGAAUAUAAAUCUUGACCAGUAGACUUGACCCACCACUUUCUGUGAGACUUAAAUACCAUCGAUGUUCUAGACUCUACAUGGAAUUUUUUGCCUGGUAAAUUCCACUGUUGAUUUCAAUCCUAAGCCAAGAAAUAAUCGAGGACAAUGUGGCGGAGCGUGCAUCGUUAUUCGUCCCGUCUGCAACAGCAUCUGACACUGCAGACCAUCAGAUGCACAGUAGCAAGGCACUGCAGUCAGAGCGCCCAGAGUGGCGUCCCUUACGAGACGAACCUCUCCACGGCGAGCACGACAGAUGCUAUCACGGCCCCGCCGUCAGCUGACGUAGUGAUUAUUGGAGGAGGGUCCAUCGGUUGUAGUACCCUCUAUCAUCUUGCUAAGCUUGGUAUCACCAAUACUGUACUGAUUGAGAAGGAUCAGCUUACGGCUGGGACAACGUGGCAUACUGCAGGUCUGGUAUGGGGGCUCCGCCCUUCGGAUACAGAUAUUGAGCUUCUCAGUUACAUGAGACACCUUGUCGGAGAUGUUCUUGAGCAAGAAACCGGUGUGGAUCCUGGCUGGAUUAAUAAUGGAGGGCUCUUUACUGCUUCCAAUAAAGAACGGCUUGAUGAGUAUAAGAGGAUGGGCACAGUUGGAAAAGCAUUUGGAGUGGAGUCCCACAUCCUCUCUCCAGAGGAAACCAAGAAGCUAUAUCCUUUGAUGAACUGUUCUGACAUCUACGGCACCCUCUAUAGUCCUGGAGACGGUACAAUAGACCCUGCAGGAUUCUGUACUGCCCUCACCAGGUCUGCUACCAAGGCUGGAGCAAAGGUCCUGACAGACUGUCAAGUUACUGGUAUACAAACAGGAGAAGAUGAUUUUGGUACACACAGAGUCCAGGGAGUAGAGACAUCAGGAGGGACAAUCAAGACUCCUAUAGUUGUAAACUGCACAGGUGUGUGGGCUCCAAACAUAGGAGCGCUGGCCAACGUUGCUGUGCCUCUUCUAGCGAUGAAGCAUGCAUACGUCGUCACCGAGAGGAUAGAGGGCAUUCAGAACAUGCCCAACGUCCGGGACCAUGAUGCCUCAGUGUACUUGAAGCUUCAGGGUGAUGCUCUGUCCAUUGGAGGUUAUGAAUCCAACCCAGAAUUCAUUGACACGAUGAACAACGACUUUGCCUUCUCCCUAUACGAUCUUGACUGGGACGUCUUUAGCACUCACAUUGAUGGUAACGUACAAAGAGUACCUGUCAUUGGUGAGACAGGAAUCAAGUCCACCGUAUGCGGUCCAGAGUCUUUCACACCAGAUCACAAACCAUUGUUGGGCGAGGCUCCAGAACUUCGAGGUUUCUACCACGGGUGUGCGUUCAAUAGCUCAGGUCUCAUGCUUGGAGGAGGGUCUGGCAGGGAGCUUGCUAAGUGGAUUGUCAACGGUAGGCCAGAUCUUGACAUGUAUGGCUAUGACAUCAGGAGAUUUUCCAGAUCCCUCGUUCAUGAUAAGACUUGGAUUAAGGAGAGGAGCCAUGAAGCAUACGCUAAGAACUACUCAACAGUGUUCCCCCAUGAUCAGCCCUUAGCAGGAAGGAACAAGAGAAAAGAUGCUCUCCACCAGGUAUUGUCAGAUGCUGGAUGUGUGUACCAGGAAGCUCUUGGUUGGGAGAGACCCGGAUACUUCACACCAGAAGGGAAAGCAGAGAUCAGAGAGUAUGAUUACUAUGGGAGCUAUGGCCAUGAAGCCCAUAAGGACUAUGCCUAUAACGACAGACUGAGAGACGACUACACGUUUGAGUUCCCCAAACACCAUAAUGUGAUUGGCAAGGAGUGUUUAGCUGCAAGGAAUGCUGUAGCUGUCUUCAACAUGUCCUACUUUGGUCAGUUCUACCUGACAGGGCCAGAUUCACAGGCCGCUGCAGACUGGAUCUUCACCAAUAACCUUGACAAACCCGUCGGUUCAACCAUCUACACUUGCAUGUGUAACAAGGCUGGAGGCACCGAGGGAGACCUUACUGUCAGCAUCAUUGACCCCAUGGCGGUCUCCAGCCCCUUAGCUCCAAGCUUUGAAGGGCGGGGCUUCUAUGUGGCAGCUGGAGGAGGCGUGGCCGAGCAUGUCAAGUCCCACAUGCAGACUGAGAUCCAAGAUAAGAGGUUUCAAUGUCAGAUCGUGGAUGUAACGAACGAGAUGGGUGUGAUCAGCAUCCAGGGACCAAAAAGUCGUGAACUGCUCCAAGCCCUUGCAACAGACUUUGACUUCAGCAACGAAGCAUUCCCUUUCUCAUCCCACAAGAUCAUGACGAUAGCGGGUCACCAGGUCCGAGCCAUAAGGCUGACCUUUGUAGGGGAGUUAGGAUGGGAGCUUCAUGUACCCAACGAUGCAGCUGUGGACAUUUACCAAGCCGUCAUGCAAGAGGGCGCCAAACAUGGUGUCACUAAUGGUGGUUACAGGGCCCUGGAUUCUCUCAGCUUGGAAAAGGGUUACAGGCAUUGGCAUGGGGACCUCCGUUCUGAUGACACCCCUCUGGAAAGUGGACUAGGCUUCACCUGCAAGCUCAAGAUGGACACUCCAUUCUUGGGGAGGGAGGCUUUGGAAAAACAAAAGGCCGAGGGUCUGAAGAGGAGAAUAGCUUGCUUCACCACUGAUCCAUCACUAGCCCUAUUAGGUAUGGAAGUGUUGCGUCGCAACGGGGAAGUCGUAGGGUAUUUUCGUCGGGCCGACCACGCCUUUGCCCUGAACAAGGGUAUUGGGUAUGGGUAUGUACAGAAAUCCGACGGCAGCACAGUCACCAAUGCCUACUUGAAAGAGGGUGAAUACACUGUAGAGAGGAUGGGUGAGAUCUAUCCCGCCAAGAUUCACCUCAAAACUCCAUUUGAUCCAAGCAAUGACAGAAUUAAAGGCUUUUAUGAAUAAGGACACUGAUCAAAUCUACUAGCUAAGGUAGUUAAAUUAGCCUUAAGGUUUGUUCAGAUAUGACGCUGCAAGACCGCUGCUUCAAAAAAAUGUUGAUGGCGUAAAGUGUAAUAGGCUUCACAUCUCUGUAUCUUAUAACACAGGGCACAGUGAAUACGUGCAAGUCCUUGUUGCGUAAUAGAUAAUAGAUAAUAGAUGGAUGAUAAUAAAUGUUGGACCAGUUAUUGCAAGUACAAAUAAUCUUUAAAUUUAACAGUUAUUUAAAAAAAUAUAUAUAUACAUAAUAUACAGAGGUAAAGAGAGAGAGAGAGAGAGAGGAAAUUAUUAUAUUGCAAUUGUUAACAUGAGAUCCAUAGACUGAAAAAUUAUACAUGCAGGUGUGUCUGUUGUGUGACAAGUAGGGUCAAAUUAUGUUGAAUAUAAUUAUUACAUUAAGAAUAUAUCAUUAAAGCAUUUCAUAUAAAGUGAUGUAUAGUGCCCAUGAGCAUACACAAAUUCUCAUAAUUGUUGAGUUUCCACAUUAAAUUUUAAAUUGGAGUUGAGUUACAAUCAUGUUAUUGCAGCAGAAUUAUACACGGUGUUAUUAAGCAUUUGUUUGUAUUACGGUACGUAUUGUGAUCUCAUGUAAUAUGUUUUAUUUGCACGGAAACUGAAUGCCAAGGCAAUGAUGAUUUGAUCCACCUGAGAAAUAUUUCAGACCUUUAACUCUACCAGUGUUAAACAUGAGGACCUGUUUCUUAUUUACUUCUUGUUUUAUAGUUGGAAUUUCUUAUCAAACUUGUAAGCGAUUAUUUUAUCAAAACAUAUCUUAUUCAAAAUGGUCUCAAAUUGCGCAUUUUCUUGAGUACCUCUAAUUUUCUGUAGAAAUACAUGUAGAUCCUUUCAAGUCUGACUUGAAAGAAAAUUUAUGUUAUAUUUGUAAAUGAUUUGGGAAGAAAUGGGUAAUACUAAUAUAGGGAAGAAUUUGGAUUCUUUGAAUUAAAGGAAGAUGGUUGUCAGUUUCUAUGUGCAGGAGGUCAUAAUUCACUGACACCAGACUUUGUGGAAGUACCAUUAAUGGGUGUACAAGUCUCACACAUAGCAAACCUGUAGUCGCAUCAAGAAAUUCCCCCUAUACUGUUUUCACACUGGCACAAAUUUGCUUAACCCCGAACUAUAGGUGGGGUUAAAGGGGGGUCUUAGCCCCACGUAUAGUCCGGGGUUAAGCUUAUUUCACUCUCUGUUCAGACACAUAUUUACCAAAGUGGGCUAGCCCCACCUAUAGUACGGGUUAGCUGGCCCUGCAAGGAAGCAGGGCUAACCCCGCAAUUGCGGUGCCAAGCAAAUGAAUGAGAACAGAAACAAAAAGUAGUCCGGUACUACGCAAUGGAGCGAUUGAUGAAUGUUCACGCUAUACAGCUAUUACGGGGCUAACAGCAUUAAUGUUCUUAUUCCGGUGUAGGCGCUUAGUACAGGACUAAAAAAGCGUGUGUGAAAAGCCAAAAAAGUUAGUCCAAGGUUAAGGAUAGUACGGGGUUAAGCAAAGUAUGAGGUUAAGCAAAACAAGUGUGAAAAGUGUACUAGUCUCUCAGAGUCUUCAGGGGGAGGGAAAUGUAAGAUAAUGACUUUAUCAUGUGGGGAGGGGGGGGGUGGUUGGAAAAUGCAGAGCAUUACAUAAUACUGAAGGCUAACCCUGGUGAUUAUCAACACCCGUUAUUUGGUAAAUGCCUGAAUGGUAUGGAAUUUCCCACGAGAGCCGACUACUAUGUGUCUUCAACAAUUUAAUGCACGGGAUGUAAUAUAUUUGGCAUUAAAUGCUGUUGGUGGUCAUGGAGUAUACUGACCAGUAAAGACUUUCAUUUUAUCAUGUUCUUUAAUUAAUGGAAUCCUUAAAUUUCUCUGAUUAUUGAUGCUGAGAUAGUAAUAUUAAUUUCAAUUGCUUGAAUUAUGGUACUGUAUGGCUUUGGGCUAUGAUAAUCAUAGCUGCCAACAAGGGAGGAAUGAUUCCUAUUUUAUAGCCUUUAAGCUAUCAAUUUUCUCUUGUGACCUCGCAAUAAAUACUUUCAUAAUCAAUUUCAACAUUCAUCA